AUGUCCCCUGCAGGCGAGACUGGCACAUUGUCUACUCCUCCACGCGCCAAUGCAUCAGCUCAUGGUGCUAGCAAAAUAGAAUCCACACCAAACAGCCGUGGGGCUUUCGUCGUCAGUGAGAACAUUGGCCUGGUCGGUGUCCAGGUUAAGAAACUCCGCCCAUGGAUUCAACGCGAUAUUGAACAGGUUAAGGAGUGCAAGGCAGAUGCCAUGCUGCAAGCCCUUCUGCAGCGCGCCUCUUCCGCUCCCGAGACUGAACAGCCCGAGCUUCUGCAAAAGUGCCUCAAGGCGGUCCUACCUGUUUGUAAUGGGCAGGCCUUCACUGCUCUCGUAAACUCUUCUGACGUCGAGAUAGCCCUCAACGAAUACGUAUGUCCAGGAGUAGAAAACAGCUUCUACGGCCCUUUCAUAAGGGCCACUAACAUCGCUCUCGCGUGUCUCGCAGAGAUCAAGGGUGACGGUAUGGGUGCUCCUGUUCCCGCAGUGGACAUGAUAUGCCAGCAGAACGACAUGCCCAUGCACCAAACUCAUCAGACUAAGAAAUCAACUCGGAAGCCUGACCUCGUGAUUCUUCCUUUGGACAGCACAUGCGCUCCCUUCCAGGAUGAGAAGAGCGGCAAGAAGGGCGAACAGAAAGUAGAGAAGGACGACGGGAAGAAUGAUGAAAAGAAUGACGAAAAGCGCAAGAAGAAACGCAGGGCUCAUAUGGACACGAAUGCAACGACAAAACCAAAAAAUCUCCUCUGGAAAGAUGUUCUAGCUUGCAUUGAGUUCAAGAGAAAGACACUAGGGAGGACGAAAGGGAUUAAGUCACCACCCUCUUCGUAUACAGUAACAGACUAUGUCCCUACCAAGCCAGAAUAUCUGCCGGUGGAUCAUCUUCAGGCUGAAGAUCCGGUACCAGGCCCUUCGCAGAUCCCAGUAACACGACCUGCAUCCAACACUGCAUUGCCAUCUUCUGGCCUCACUGCUGCGCAGCCUUCUAAGGGCAGGUCCAGUUCCAAGCGCAAGGCCGUGGACACUUUAGAAUCCGCCGCGAAAAAAUCCAAGAUGAACCCUGGCGACGCAGACGCAGACGCGGAGGCGGAUCUAGAUGUGACCGUCCAAACGGGUCUGUAUGCCGCCGAAAUGUUUGCGGCUAAUCUUGGAGUCAAUCAUCUACUGAAUCUUAUCAUCGUCGACGAUGUAAUGUGGAUCUGGUAUUAUGACCGACAAGGCAUCAUUCAAUGCUCAGGCAUAAACUUCAUUCAAGAUCUCCCGCGAUUCAUGGUGUUAUUGGAUGAAGAUCUUGGAAUGGUGGAUCUGCUGCUUCACACCAGUGACGACGAAAGAGUGACUCACUACGGACUGCAAGGACGGGCCACUAAUGUGGUCGCUGUCACCAGCAAAACGCUCAUGAAGAAAUACGGCAACUUCCAGGAUGGGAUGGUGGCCAAGAUCUUCUGGGGGGAUGCGAGUCGCACUAGCGAGCCGGACAUCUUGAACAAGGUUAGGGAGAUUGCUGAGGUGCACGAUACUGUAAAAGACUAUAUCCCCGAACUGCUCUGGCACCACAGGUUCAUGAAUCCCACGUCCGCCAUCCGAGAAGCGCUCGGUGUUCCUGAACCCACUACGGGAAGUCGCGUGCUCUACAUUCUUGUAUUCCGCAAGCUUCUCCCCAUCACGAAACUUCAGGGGAAAGAGCUUUUCGACGUCUGGCGUCAGUGUAUCUCAUGCCACCUUACUCUGUGGAAGGAAGGGGUCUAUCAUCGAGAUGUCAGCCCUGGCAACCUAAUGUGGUACUGGAAAGACAAGAAGCGCAUUGGUGUCUUAAAUGACUAUGAUAUUUCCUCGUUGGCCAAUGACCAAGGUCCUCGGGGUAACGAGCGCACGGGCACGGUGCCGUUCAUGGCGCGCGAGCUUCUCACCGAAGAUGGUCAACGAGGCAAAGUGAAACACCUAUAUCGCCAUGAUGUGGAGUCAUUCAUGUGGGUUUUUACUUGGAUUUGCUUGCGUUACAGGGAGGGAGUCCUUCUAUCACGAAGAUUACGCCCCUUCGACGAGUGGGCGACGUUAGGCGCCGUUGCAUGUGGCGAAAAGAAGUUAGUUUUUCUUAACAACAUGACAGCUUUCGCACCCUCGGACAUAGACCAAGUUAUAUGGGGGUUCCUUGUGGACUGUUUUGUGGUGCUUAAAAUGGAUGCCGACAACCGAUACUAUCUUGGCCUUAAACGGCCAUGGUCAGUUGAAUACCAGCAGCCCAACGCCGACUCGGAUCUCGAUGCUUUUCUAUCUAAAUUUACAACUUUAGAGGGUUGGGCUAAGCCAGCAAACCCGAGUAAUUUUCUUUACUCCUUACCCUAUACACGGUUUUCUGCUUGUAACUUUCAGCUAUAGAUUCACAAUACAAACGGUCGACCAUUCAAACGUUCACUUCCCAUAGAGUUGUGCGCAAAAGCUGGUAGUAGGGAUUAAUACUUUGAUCAAACGAGCACUCCCAUGACCAUACUUUCUCG